CUCAUUUUCCUCUUUCCCCCGCCGCCGCCGCUGCCACCGCCGCUAGACCAGCUCGCCGACCGCAAUGGCCCGCAUCAAGGUGCACGAGCUGCGGGGGAAGAACAAGGCGGACCUCCAGGGUCAGCUCAAGGACCUCAAGGCGGAGCUCUCCCUCCUCCGCGUCGCCAAGGUCACCGGUGGCGCCCCCAACAAGCUCUCCAAGAUCAAGGUGGUCCGCACCUCCAUCGCGAGGGUGCACACGGUGAUCUCGCAGAAGCAGAAGUCUGCGCUGCGUGAGGCCUACAAGAACAAGCGGCUCCCGCUCGACCUCCGCCCCAAGAAGACCCGCGCCAUCCGCAGGCGUCUGACCAAGCACCAGCUCUCUUUGAAGACCGAGAGGGAGAAGAAGCGUGAGAAGUACUUCCCGAUGAGGAAGUAUGCUAUCAAGGCUUAGGUUAUAAGAGUAUGCGUCACUGGUUAAGUUUUGCCCAGAAGUUGCCUGAAUUUUAUGUUCUGUGCGGACUGCACCAUCACCUAAGUACAAUGUAUUUGAUCUACUCUAUGAGAUGUCAACGUUUGCUUAUUAACUCUAUGUUCUGGUUA